CGAGCGAACCAUUCCCCGCUACGGUAUUGAGUUACAAUGUGAACAGCAGAAACCCACGCUAUUGUAUCCCUCUGCUCAAUGUCUCUUCGACUUGAAAGAGUAUAUGCACUCCAGAAUGACGUAUUUCAGUCCUGUACAGCUCUGGUAAGCCUACCAUGCCGGAACAAGACAUAGUCAACUCUGCGAACUGUGCCAUCCUCCCAAUUACGACUUAUGGCUUUAGGCAAAGGCAACACACGCGGGAAAGAUGCCUAUUACGCGCAUUACACGUGCAAAGUGGUUUACCCGAUGCGGGGAUUGUCGUCGCUUUGAUCCUGGCCUCUCGUGAACAAAGAAAGUGCUCUUCUGAUAUACAUGUAUUUUUAUUCCUCGCAUUGGGUAUCUUAGGGAUAUAUAUAUUCCUCUCGUCUCUUCUCGUAGCUCAUUGAGCUGAGUAUCAGCUUUCUUGGUCACUUGAACAUCUUUGCGAGUGUUCGAUCGCCAGAUUUGCUGAGGGGAUCACACAUUGCCCUUCUAAAUCUC